UGGGGUUGCAGACACACGCAUGGCUCCUCUCCUGUUUCUCCUCCUCUUCCUCAGCAAAGUACAACCAGGUGUACAGAGUGUGAAGACAGUGAGCAAAUUAUCGGUACAGAGAGGACAUUCUGUCACCAUCCCAUGCCUCUACAAUCAGGAAUAUAGAGAUCAUGUGAAGUACUGGUGUAAAGGAGAACAGUGGAACCAUUGCACCACCGUGGUCCGCACUGAUUUUCCACAGAGAGCAGGAUAUGUGUCAAUCACAGAUAGCCCUGCUCAGAAGCUGUUCACUGUGACCAUGAGUUACCUGCAGGAGGGAGACUCUGAUUAUUACUGGUGUGGAGUGGAGAUUGACUGGGCUGUAGAUGAUGGUGCAUAUCUGCACCUCACUGUCACCAAAGGUUUGGCUGGUCUGUCGGUGUGGAACAACAUGGUGGUUGGUGAGGAAGGAGGCAGACUCAGCAUCCAGUAUCGCUAUGGCGACAGCCUCAGGUACAGUGAGAAGAAGUGGUGCAGGAUUUUGGACCAGAGCUCCUGUCUGACAGCAGGGAGGACUCAGACAUCCCAGCAUGCAUCUGUGCUGGUCAGUGAUGACAGAAGAGGAGUGCUGACUGUGACAGUGAGGCGACUGGAGAGGAAGGACACAGGCUGGUACUGGUGCACUGCAGGAGAGGAGCAGUUUCCUGUUCAUAUCACUGUCACGCCGCCAAAACCUCCAACACAGAGACCCACCACAACAACCACAACUUCAACUUCACGGAAACAAAAAGUUUUGCCUUCAACGACACAGCAGACAGCAGCUUUAACACUGGGCUUGUGUACUGAUGACACCUGCAUUCCCAGUGUAACUGAGGAGAACUCCAACCACAGAACAGUGUCCAGUGUAAUUCUGCAUGUGCUGCUAAAAUCUGCUGUUGCUCUGGUCUACAUCACAUGCACCAUCAUAGCUGCCCUGAAGAUCUGGACCUAUUGCAAACAAAUAAGAGGAGGGGCUUCUGAGAGUGAUUGAGGGAGAAAGAGGAGGAGGAAGAGAUGUA